CCCUCAGCGAAGACACCAGGGGACCAGCCAGGAGAGAGAGAAGCAACUCCAGACUCCCCUGGAAAUAAUCUCUCAGAGGACAUAACUCCCAGAGAAGCAGCUGUGCAAUUCUCUCCCUCUAACACACUGCACCAGGGCUCCACCAUCUCCCAGCUGGACUUGAGCCCCUCUGGAAAGGACACCAUGAGCACUGAAAGCAUGAUCCGGGACGUGGAGCUGGCUGAGGAGGCGCUCCCCAAGAAGGCAGGGGGCCCCCACGGCUUCAGACGGUGCUUGUGCCUCAGCCUCUUCUCCUUCCUCCUCGUGGCAGGAGCCACCACGCUCUUCUGCCUGCUGCACUUCGGGGUGAUCGGCCCCCAGAGGGAAGAGUUCCCAGCUGACCUCCAGUUAAUCAACCCUCUGGCCCACACACUUGGAGUGUCUUCUCGAACCCCCAGUGACAAGCCUGUCGCCCACGUUGUAGCAAACCUUGAAACUGAGGGACAGCUCCAGUGGUUGAGCCGGCGUGCCAAUGCCCUCUUGGCCAAUGGCGUGUUGCUGACAGACAACCAGCUGGUGGUGCCUUUGGAUGGGCUGUACCUCAUCUACUCCCAGGUCCUCUUCAAGGGUCAAGGCUGCCCUCAAAGCCAUGUGCUCCUCACUCACACCAUCAGCCGCUUUGCCGUCUCCUACCCGUACAAGGUCAACCUCCUGUCUGCCAUCAAGAGCCCUUGCCAGAGGGAGACAGCAGAUGGGGCUGAGGCCAAGCCCUGGUACGAACCCAUCUACCUGGGAGGGGUCUUCCAGCUGGAGAAGGGUGAUCGACUCAGUGCUGAGAUCAACCUGCCUGAGUAUCUCGAUGUUGCGGAACCCGGGCAGGUCUACUUUGGGAUCAUUGCCCUGUGAGAGAGCAGGAUGUCCACCCUCAUCCACCUUAAUCCCUUUAUUAUCCACUCCUUCAGGCCCCCUCACCCCCUUCCGGUUUAGUAAGGGAAUUAGGGGCUCGGGCUGGCCAUCAAGCUUAGAACUUUAAACUACACUUAGAAACCUAGAGUGCACAGAUGUGUGGCCUGGAAAAUGGGGCACUGGCCACCACCAAGCAUUCAAAUUGGGGCUUACAGAAUGCAAUGGGAGUCUCAGGUUUGGAUCCCUGAAUGCAACCUGGGACACCUGGAAUGUGGAGGCCAGAGAACUUUAGUUCUGGCCAGAACACUUCAGAACAUCCCUUGAGAAGAUCUUACCUAGAACUCGACAUGAGUGGGCCUCAGGCCUCUCUUUCUUCAAAUGUUUCCUGAUUCUUCCUCGAGAUGGAGCGCCCAGCCCCUCCCCCACAGGACCAGCUCCCUCCAUUUAUGUUUGCACUUGUGAUUAUUUAUUAUUUAUUUAUUAUUUAUUUAUUUACUGAUGAAAGUAUUUAUUCGGGGGCUCGAGUGUCCUGGGAGACCCAGAACAGGGGCUGCCUUAGCUCAGAGAUGUUUUCUGUGAAAACGGCGCUGAACUCUAGGUCAUUCCCUCCUGGCCUCCCGGUCUCUGUGCCUCCUUUUGCUUAUGUUUUUAAAAAAUAUUUAUCUGAUCAAGUUGUCUAAAUAAUGUUGAUUUGGUGACUGACUGUCACUACAUCGCUGAACCUCUGCUCCCCAGGGGAGCUG